UACACCACCGUAGCUACCAAGACCCAAAAAUCAGAUAUGCUGAGACUUCUAGCCCUCGCUUGCAUCAUUGCCUGCGCUGUUGCAGACUACUACCCAAAGUCUUAUGGACUUAUGAUGGGUGGACUUGGGGGCGGAUCUAUUGUUAGCGGAGGAAUGAUUGGUGGAGGAAUGAUUGGUGGUGGUAUUGGUGGUGGGUCAGCCGCAGCUGCUUCCGCUGCUGCUGCAGGAGGUGCUGCUGCCGCUGCCGCCGCCGCUGCCGCUGGACGAGGUGCCGCCGCCGCUGCUGCCGCCUCUGCUGCCUCUGGUGGUGUUGGAGGAUUUGGUGGAUGGGCCCCUAGAUAUUAUCUCCGACCCUCAUAUAGCUACCCAGUUUAUGGAUUAAUGGGUGGUGGUCUUGGAGGUGGAUCAGCCGCUGCCGCUGCUGCUGCCGCUGCUUCCUCUGGUUUUGGUGGACUUGGAGGUGGUUCAGCUGCUGCGGCAGCUGCCGCCGCCGCUGCUGGACAAGGUGCUGCUGCUGCUGCCGCCGCCGCUGCUGCUUCCUCUGGUCUUGGUGGUUUUGGUGGUCUUGGAGGUGGAUCUGCCGCUGCCGCUGCAGCCGCCGCUGCUUCCUCUGGUCUUGGUGGGUUUGGUGGAUUUGGAGGUGGAUCUGCCGCUGCUGCUGCCGCCGCUGCUGCCUCUGGUGCUGGUGGUCUUGGAGGUUUUGGUGGCGGUUCAGCUGCAGCUGCUUCCGCUGCUGCUGCUGGAGGUGCAGCUGCCGCCGCUGCCGCCGCUGCUGCUGGACAAGGUGCUGCUGCCGCCGCCGCUGCCGCUUCCUCUGGUGGUGUAGGAGGAAUUGGCGGAUGGGCUCCUUCAUACUACAUGCCCUCUUAUAGCUACCCAGUUAUGAUGGGUGGCUUCAGGAGCAGAAAGGCAUACUAAAAGGGAGACAAAAACAGAGGAUUAAUCAGUUUUUGGUUUACUUGUUUGUGGAUAGAGAUAUAUUUGUAAUAAAUCUUAUAACAGAUUUA